AUGGUUCAGCCGUUAACAAAUACAGAUCUCUCUCUGGCGCUAUCACACGGAUCCAUCCUCCGCGUCGCGUACCAAGGAGUUCCCAGCGCGUACUCCAAAGCCGCGCUGGAAAAGCUUACCCGAACUUUAAAGCCAUCCCGUGUGAUCAGUUCGACGUCGCGUUUCAGGCGGUGGAGCUCUGGAUCGUGGAUCGCGCCGUCCUUCCGGUGGAGAAUUCUCUCGAUGGUUCGAUUCACAGAAAUUACGAUCUCCUCCUCUGUCUCCAUCUACACACCGCCGGGGAGGUUCAGAUCCUUGUCCACCACUGCCUUCUUGCUCUCCCGGGAGUCCAUUCUCAGCACAAUUGAUGGACGAUCUUCUGCAUCACCGUCUCCACACCGUCGGGGAGGAUUACGAUCUAUAAAACAAAGAACCCAACCCAACCAUUUGUUGUCUGCUGACAUGGCAAAAUAA